GCAACGAGGUAAUUUGCAGAAAUCUGUAAUAUCACAAAGAUGUGAAAUUUUUUUAGGUUAACUUUUUCAUGUUGUUGCUCUGUUGGAUCUUGGUUUGUUUAUACAGUUUCUGUAAUUUUUUAAAAUAACAUGCCGAAACUAAGACAAUUGGAGAAAUGUAAGCAUCCGAACAGCAGGAAAACCAAAGCCCUAGCCAAACAGAUGAAAAAACAAACUACAAAAGAAAAGUCGAAACUUUCCUCGAACAUCAAACAAAAUCUGCUUGGCGAAAAAUUGGUUUGGUUUAGAGACAAUUUGGAUCAAGAAAAAGAUACUUGUUCGCCUUCUGAGAUUGAACAGUUGAUUUUGAAAUACUUAGGUCGAUUUGACGAUGAAUUGGAACAAAUAAAGUUGAAACAUUCAAUUGGUCAGAGAAAGAAUAGACAACAUGCAAACCGAGAAGAUAUAAUAAAUAUGACUGUAAAGGGAGAAAAAGAAGAGUUUAAAACUUGUGGAAUUGAACUGUGCGAUUUAUUGAAUCCGGUACAACUGAAACAAUUGAAAAACUGGAAUGGAGAACUGAGGUUUUUACAAAAUUUCAAAUUGAGAAGGUUUAGUUUAUCAUUUUUGGUGAAUAGCAGCAAAAAAAAGGAAAUUAUUAAUCAGGAGGAAUCUACUUUAAAGAAAUCAAAUCUUGAAGUUGCCAAUGAACCUGAGAGUGACAAAAUUCCUACUGAAUCUACUAUGGAUAUUGAUAAUUGAACAAAUUGUAUAUGUUUCAAAGACACUUGAAUAUAAUUGAGAAAGAU